AUGGAUUUUGUCAAGAACGAUUUUAAUGGAUUUAACUCAUUUGACAGCGCAGCAUGGUCAUAUCUUCAUCCAAUAUGUGCUGUUAUUGUUGCAGAUGGCUCUGUACACUUCUUUAAUGACAGAGGCGAAGAGUUUGUAUCAGAAAAACUCUCAAGAAAUACAAAAGCCUUAGUUAUUUCGUGGUCUCCAUGUACUGAUACGCUUGCAAUUGGAUGGAAAGAUGGAUGUGUAUCCAUUUUCUCUAAUGGUGAGCAUAUUGAAAUCGAUGAAGCCCAUAAAUCACCCGUUACUAAAUUAUGCUGGCAUCCUGCUUUACCAUAUUUAUUUUCAGCAGAUGAAAGCAAUAGUAUGAUAUGCUGGGACUGCGAAGAGGAUCCCUGUGAGAUCUUUCUUGCAAAAGCUGAAGAAAAAAUAGAUAACGUUAUUUUCUCACAUACUGGCUCUCCGCAAGUUUACAUAUCCUGUGGAAAAACAAUCUAUAAAGUCGAAGAAAGCGACGAAGAAGAAGACUCUGCGCUUGAAAAAAUUUCAGAAUCUGAAUCCGAAUUUACUCAACUUCAGUUUUCAGCAACAACCCAAAGACUCAUUGCAAUUACAAAGAAUAAUGAACUCGAAAUGUACGAUACUCUCCACGGAUAUAAAAAGUUUUCACAAGUAAAAUUACAACCAGGAAUCGAUGUUUUCUUUACAGACGUCAGGGCAGAUUUAAUCACAUACUCUGUAGUAAAUGUUAUCAUCGUGUGGUCGCCUUCAAAUGAUAGAAUGAUGCUUUUGAGGGCUCCAUUCGAUGAAGCAUACACUUCUAUCUUUUUUGAUACGAAUACGUCGAUAUUAUUUGCUACAACAGAUUCUGGUAAGAUAGUCAUGUUCAAAAAUACUAUGAAAGGGCCAUUAAAACGAGAAGGAUGGUCAAAUCCAAUAAUUGUCGAUACUCAAACAAAAAUAGAACAAGCACAAUGGUCGCAUGCUUUCCCAGGAUUUAUUGCAUUAGCGAAAAACAGAAAACCAUCGAUAAUACGUUACUUCGAACUAUUUGCAUUAAAUGAGUUGACUUGCCUCUCCAAAUGCAAUAUGAUCAAGACAAGAAACGAUAUACUAAAGGUUGGCGGUGCUAUCUACAGAUUAUCAGAGAGCCAGAACAUAGUUUUGGCUUCUUCUUCAGAUGUAGCAAAUUUAUUCCAGAAAAAGGGAGGAAAUUUAAGUCCUAUGGGUACGAUCAAGACAGGAACAGAUCUAGCAAUUAUUAUGGGCGAAAAUAUCUUUGUUGCUGAAGAUACAAAUAUUAAAAGAUUAAAUCUCUCGGGAACUCUUGUCCAAACUAAUUCUCUUGGAUCAAAUUCUCCAAUACAAUUUUUGGAGAAGUCUGAGCAGUUUCUUGUCGCUAUUUGUCAAGAUCGAACUGUAUUUGUUGUGGAUGCAGGAAGAAGACAGACAAAAACCCUUUAUACAACAACAUUUUCUGCUCCUUACCAAGACUAUCGCAUUAGAAGUGUCGCUCUUAGCGCAAGUGGCUUUUGUGUUUCAAUAAUUUUGGAUAUCUUCAACAAUGGAUCAUGGAGACCUUCACCAUAUAUAUUCCUGCAUUCACCACAAUUCGACAAGACCGUUAAUGUUGACUUUGGCCUCUCUGUUCCUGUUUUGGCUUUAUGGGAUACAGAAGAUCCAAGGCUUUUGUGCGUCCAAGUUACACCAUAUAGAUCAACAUUGGAAAGUAAUGGAGAUGCAGUUGUAGUUCCUUUAUUUGUUGGAGAUUCCUUAUUUACAUUUAAGCAACCAACGCUUAAAGUGCCUCCUAGUGGCCGUCUUUCUGUUGUAAAUAUUCCUCGUGUCCUGUUUAACAUGGACGGACUUCUUCCUUGCAUGUGCAUUUUACCUCAAUUUGCAGGAAUCGAUACUGCCGAUGAAGGAACAAGGAAAUCUCUUAUGGAACUAAACUUUGCUCUGGCUUCUGGUGAUAUUGAUGCCGCUCUAAAUGCUGCAAGAAACGUUCAAAGUGACGGAACAUGGAGAAUGUUGUGUCAAACUUGCAUACAGAACGAUAGGACAGAAUUAUUACCUAUGUGUCUUGGUAAAAUAGGCAAUGCCGCGUUUGCAAUCCAUGUUUCAAAGGCUCUCAAAGAAAAUGAUAUCGUAUUGGCCAAAUUUUUGACUUGUGUUGCUAUUGGAGCUAACGACAAUGCCAAGAAAAUUGCUGUCGAGAACAAGAGAUACGAAUUGGUCGCACAAUUGAGCAUAUCUGUUGGAGAAUACGAUGAUGCUCUUAGUUUGACAAGAAAAAGAGAUAGAAUGCAUGUUAAACAGAUCCAAUAUCAAAGAGGAAGGAUCUUUGAGAUCCAAGGCAACCUCAAAGAGGCUGCAAGGUCAUGGGAAGAAGCAGGAGUCAUAGAAACAGAAUUUCCAAGGGCCGCAAUGCAAGCAGACAACUUGAAAUUCUUAUUCGAGUACGUAGAAACGCGUUCUCUAUCAGAAGUACCCAAGGGUUUGCUUCUUUGGCUUGGAAGAUUCUUUGAAGCACAUAAUGUCGACAAAAGUGCCAUAAAAAUGUACGAAUCCGCGAAUUCUGUUACAGAUAUGGUCCGUCUUUUGAGUCUUCUUGGUCGAUUCGAUGAUUGCAGGAAAGUAUUACAGAAAUCUAAACAUCCUGCGAGUUAUUGCAUGUUUGCAAGAAUUUUAAUGAAAAGAAUUUCAUAUUUGAAAGACCAAAACGACCAAAGUGGCGAGAUCAACAAACUCCAGAAAGAAGUCAUUGAUUUAUUCAGAAGAGCAAGACAAUAUUCACAAGCAAUGGAUUUCGCUUUAUCCCAGAAAUUGUUUGAUGAAGUUUUGAGUCUUUCUUUUUCUUGUCCUCAAACAACAUUGAUAAAAGCUGCCCAGACAUUCGAAGAACUCAGAAUGGAUAAACAGGCAGUAAUACUAUACGCAAGGGCAGGAAGAAUGAAUAGAGCUUUGGCUUUGUGCUUCACAAAGAACCUUUAUGAUGCUUUGGAUGAAAUUUCUGAUUCUUUGACAAUUAAAACUCCUCCUGACAUUUUAGUUACAUGCGGAAAGCAUUUUAUAGAGAGCGACAGAUGGUCAAAGGCCGCUGAAUGCUUUGCUUUGGCAAAACAAUUCGACAUUGUUGAGAAAAUAAUGAAAGAUCACAAUGUAAAAAUCUCAAAACAAACAAUUCAAAGUAUCGCUGAAACAGAACAAGAUCCUGAGAUUUUGAGACAGUUUGCAGCAAUGUGCGAACGCCAGAACGAAAACUCUAUCGCAGCCUCUCUCUACGUCAAGCUAAAAGAUCUCCUUUCUGCUGUAAAAUGUUUGGCAAGAGCUGGAGACACUCAAAAAGUUGUCAAAUUUGCAAAAACCGCUAGAAAUAGAGAAGUUUACAUUCUUGCGGCCAAUUAUCUUCAAACACUUGAUGCUUAUGGUUCUGAGACUAUCUUUGACUUGAUUGUUGCUUUCCUUACUAAGAGUGGAGCUUUAGACAAACUCGCUAGAUUUUAUGAUUCAAUUGCAAGACAAUGUGCUGAAGAACAUCAAGAAUACGAAAGAGCAUUUGAGCUAUUGAAGAAAUCUGUUGAGACAAUGAUAAAUGCUCCAGAGAGUGACAAGAGAGAAGCAAUGCUUAACGUAUUUAGAGAAAGAACAAGAACAAUGGCGAUGUACAUUGAAUCAACGAAAAUUGUUGAAGAAAAUCCUCAACAAGCUUUGGCAAUUUGCGCAACUUUGUUAAAGACACCGAAUAUAGAACAAUUGCUCAAACUCGAUGAUAUCUAUAUAGUCAUGAUUGAGGCUUUCGUUGCUAAAGGAUCCAUGAAAAACGCUUAUAAAUUGUUGGAUGACAUGGUUCAAAGUGGAACUGAUGUUUUGUUUUAUUUGGAUUUGUCUGAAAUACAGGCAAUUUAUAAGGCUGUUGGACAAACUUAUACUCCUCCAAAGAGAGAAGAGGAAGAAGACGAUUUCGAUGAUGUCGAAGAUUUAACUGAUGAAGAUGUUGUUUAA